AUGUCCAGCGCCGGAAAGCGCCCAGAGGGAUUUCCUCCUCGACAAGCCAUGCUUACAGGAGAUACGCUCAGUACAGAGGAAGUCUCAGUUGGAGAUAGCAACAACAAUGAACCUGCGGGAUCCUCCAAAAGAACUUGGAACCGCUUAACUUUCAUGCUCGGUCCUCGACAGGAAGACGUGGGCGGAGACCAGAUAGAGAGAGGGAGGCACAAGACCCAGGCCAAGGUCAAGGGCAAAAUACACGUUGAAGAAGGCAACCACGAGGAAGAUGCGGAAGCUGGAGCCAUACCACUUGAAGGACGACCAGCCGAAGCGACGAAAGGCCAUAAGCAGUCUCCAUUCAGCUCAAGCGCCUUUGAUCGACUGCCACAACCUGUCGCGGUCGUUGACGUCUUCUUUGGCUCGUGGUGGCUCGUCUCAGCGUUGCGGACGGCUACGAGACUUGUGGUGAUCUGGCUCUCGGGCUUUUUGUUGUGGACGCAAUCAUUCGACGUCUCUGUUGCAAUGAUAACAGUAGUGGUGAUCUACCUGGUCCGCUGGCGUCUCCUGAAAGCCGGACGUAAUUUCAUCCCGUUCACUGCGAUUCCGAUCCCCGGGAAGCGUGAGCUCUUCAAGGUGAUCUUUCGCUCGACACAGAAAAUCUGGGAGCGUGUUGCCGCUAAAGCUCUACUCCGUCGAUAUACGGUACUAUGCAAGAUUUGGUGGUUCGUUUAUCUCCUGAUUACGCCUAUGACGGAGUUCAGACAAAAUUACAUGGCUGCAUGGCGCCAACGUGAGGGUCUCUCGAUUCACAUCUUUGUCGACGAUGAAAACAUGUCGAUUCCAAUUCCCGCGGAUGGCACCGAUGAAGCCAUGCUGGCACGCAUACGCUUGUUCUAUCAGAUGAUGUUGGUUGGUCAAGGCUUUCCAGCGCUGGUAUUCCCAAAGCAACUCCAGAGGGUCGACAUCGUUGAGAUGAGCAAGGACAGCUUGGUCUUGGGAAGCCGACUGGGGACAUUACAGCUAGGUCGUUACAAAGGCCGGCUCGUCAACGUUUUCGAAAAUCCCAAACUUGGGGCACAGACCGUCGCACUCGCGGACAAAAUCCGGACCGGACCGGAGAACUCGGCGCUCGAAUUCCAGCGGACAUACGACGUUGGCACCAUCUCAGUGGUUGUGGCGGUCCCGCCGCUCGCGUCUCUCAUCUUUGCUAUCGUCUGGGUUUCGAUUCACGCCCACAAAAGAAGCGAUGCAGAUUUUCAAGUAAUAGUCGCCACCGCAUUCACCGUCGCGUCUUACAUCAUCACGGCAGGCACUUUGACUCUUGCUCUCAUCGUAUUCUUGGACCAGAAAAGGGCCCAGAAUGAUGACAUGAUGGAGAAAAUCGCUCGCAGGCCUGUUGAGACAAAGGCCGCUGCUUCGUCAGAGCUGGAACGACGGAGCUCUGUGCCAUAA